AUGAAAUCAGCAGCACAUACAGUCAGAAUCUACCCACUUAGUACAAGCAACGAAAAAGACACUUAAGGAAAUCUAAGAAUUUUAAGUUCUAGAAUAAAUUUUGAAGAUCCAACACCAUUAUUCUAAACUAGAACUCUAUUAGCUAAUUUUAUUACAGAAAACCGGUAAUCGCAAUCCAAUUCAUAGCCUGAAUAAUGA